AUGGCAGAGGGAGCAAGCAGCUCGCCCGGCCGGAGCACGCGCAUGUCGCGCAACGCGGCCUGCACCCAUUGCCGCACCUCCAAGGUGCGAUGCAACCCCAGCUCCAUCGCCGGCCGGCCAUGCCAGCGCUGCACCAAGCUCAACCUCUCAUGUGUCGUCAAUCCCACAUGCCGUCGCAUCACACGCAAGAGCCAACUUGACCAGCUUGCCCGCGAGGUACAGGCCAUCAAAGAGACGGUGGUGGUGGACAAUAGCAGCAAUACUAUUAGACAGCCAGCACUACACACACCCUCGAGUCCAAGUACCUGGUCACCGAGAGUACAGGGCGCCAACGGGGCUUCGUCAUCCAGUGCUACGCCGGCUUUCUCUGCCAAUGCAUCAGACCACCAUACUCGUCAUGGCGACAACGUUGUCGUUGUCGUAGACGACGAUGCACGAGCCGACUCAACGGCAGUGCCCAGCCUACAUAGGGCGCUCGACUCACAACCCUUCACUGGGCCAGAGAUUGAUGAGCAUUUCAACAUCUACUUUCACCAUUUCCACCCCCACUUCCCCAUCCUCAGUCAACGUGACCCAAACAAAUGUUAUGAUACAAGUCCCUUUCUCUUCUGGGUCAUUGUCCUCAUCUCUUGCCGCCGUCAACCCACACACACUAUCUCUGCCACAAUCCGCCUUCUCACAGAGUAUGUCAAGCACGAGACAGAUGCCGCCGUACCCAAGGUGCCUCAGCCUCUCGCCCAAUUACACGCCAUACUCCUCGUCGCCGCCUGGGGAUUAUACCCGGGUGUCCGCUUCAUCAAUGAUCCAGCCUACUGGCUGAGUGGCAUUGCCAUCAAUUCGUGCCUGCUGCUCGGCUUCCACACGGCUUCUGGCAGACACCCGGAGUAUAACCAUGUUACUCUUGGCACCAUUUCAUCCAAUACCGAAGCUGCUGUCACAUGGGCAGCGUCUAGUAUUGUAAAUCGAAGGUUAUCAACCAACCUUGGCCUCCCAUGCAUGGCUCCAGUGAACAAGGCCACGAUGAAUUUGAUCCAUGACGAAGAUAGUGUUCUACCCGUCAGCUUUCGCGUACAGCUCGAAUGUCAGGUCUUUAUGGACAGAGUCAAUAAGACGCUAGGUUCUUCUCUUGAAGAGUCCAACGGAGUACCACGUGAGUUGGUUCACAUGUUUGAGGAUGAAUGGGUCGCAGCUCGAGCACGAAUCAUCGCCAAACACACUGAUCCAGUAUUAUCCCUCUACACCCUUUUUGUUCUCCUCGAGGUCCAGAUGUACUAUUUCCUCCCAAUGCCAACCUGCAACAGUCGAUCAUCCACCACCGUUAGCUCACUCAGCGGCCGAGAUAAUCUCCCUCCCUCGAUCGAAGCUGACAUUUUGCGGUGCUACACUACGGCAUCAACCGUCAUCACCAGAGCAAUGGACCUCGACGAGACGACUGAUCUCCUGUACUACCUUCCGCACUACACCAUCCGCCCUAUUGCGCAUGCCAUCGCCGUGGUCUUCCGUGUCAUCCGCUCCGAUCUGCCUCUGAGACACCUGCAGAUAGUCGUUCCCGAAGAAGCCACCAAGUUGUCCGCUCACACAGUCACAAUCUCACGCCGCAUCUCAGCUGUUGAGGGGGAUCUGGCGUGGAGGCUCGCACGGUGCGUCGAGUUGUGGGACGCAACAAGUGCACCGUACCUCGCCGCCGCCGCUGCCGCCGCCGCUGCCGCCAAUCCUUUCAAUACAGUAACGGGUGGUGAUGACCAGAACAACAACGAUAGCGAACAAGCCGCUUCGGCUGGAGCUAGUCUAGACUAUGAGCCUGUACUCGUCGAGAUGUUCCGCCAGCGCAUGGUAGCAGCUUUGGGGUGGGAUUUUAUGAUCCGCUGGAAAAGCAAGCAUGGCCCCGUGCAUAUGGGACCGUACAAGCCACAGCCUCAGACACAGCACCUGGGAAUGCAAGUUGGUGUGGAUGAGGCUGGUGGUCACACGCAACAUCAGCAGCAGACACCAUCGGCAAGUUCGACCGGAAGUAGUGAUUGUGUCAACAACAGGUACCAGGGUACGUCAACAGGUCCUGAAGGUGGUCCUGCUAGGUUUCAAGCGGCCCAGCAGGACCAGCAGCGCUUUCAAUCACAGCAACAGCACCGGACCGGUAUGCCAGCGAACGCUAGUAGCGCAAUAGCGCCGCUAAGCGAGACGGAGCUCUCUCUCCCUUCUACCGGAACUAUGGGUACAGAAUGUCUGCUUGGAACCGACUGGGGAUUUCUCGACGACUUCAUCUGGGGGUUCGAUAGUCAGGAUGCGUAA